GAAACCACCCAACCGUCUUCUAACACAUUUUCAUUCUGCCUGAGAUCACCAUCAUAUUAUUAGAGCAAAUUGGAUUCAACAUUUUGUCUUUAUUAUUCUUCAUAUGAAAUCAACAUUCAUGGCGUCCCUUGCUUCCCGCUUGCAACACUCUGUCACUCCCAAUGCUCUCAGAUCCUAUUUCGCUGAGUUUCUCUCCACUUUCUUUUUCGUCUUUGCCGCUGCCGGCGCUGCCAUGUCCACCAGGAAAAUGAUGCCUGAUGCGACAUCAGAUCCAUCUAGCCUAGUGGCAGUUGCAGUUGCAAACGCAUUUGCGUUGUCCGUGGCAGUUUAUAUAUCAGCCAAUAUCUCUGGUGGACAUGUAAAUCCCGCGGUCACGUUUGGAAUGGCUAUAGGAGGCCAUAUAAGUAUUCCCAUGUCUAUAUUCUACUGGAUUUCUCAAAUUUUUGGUUCUGUCGUGGCUUGCCUUCUUCUAAAAUUCACUAACCAGCAAGUUCCAACACAUGGAAUUCCUCAAGAGAUGACUGGUUUUGGAGCAGCAGUACUCGAAGGUGUGAUGACAUUUGGUCUAGUGUACACAGUUUAUGCAGCUGCUGAUCCUAGGAGGUGUGUCCACGCAGCAAUUGGGCCAUUGGCAAUUGGCCUCAUGUUGGGAGCGAAUGUCAUGGCUACGUGGCCAUUUACUGGGGGAUCUAUGAACCCUGCUUACUCAUUUGGCUCUGCUGUUGUCAAAGGGAGUUUCAAGAAUCAAGCAGUGUACUGGAUUGGACCCUUCAUCGGUGCAGCCAUAGCAGGACUUGUGUAUGAUAAUGUGGUCUUCCCUGCACAAGUGACCGAGUCUUUGAGGGGAAUAGGUGGUGGGAUUGUUGCUGUUUAAGUGCUGCAGGCUUUUUGUUGCUGUUGUUGUAUUAUUACUUUGUAGUGUACAAGUUAGGAUGCUGCCUUCUCUUUCCUAGAACUACUACUGGUGUUUAAUCAUAGUCUAGUUUGUUGUUUUUGUGUAAUUUAAAAUUAUUCAAACUUCUUAGUUAUUUGUAUGUCAAUUCUAGAAUGUGAAAUAAUGUUCUCAAGCUCAACUUCUAUUA